AGAUAGAAGACACUGAGACUGCUGUGCGGGUCCUGAAGUUAGGACUUGAUUCUGCCAUGUCAAAGCUGCAGCAUGUUCUCUCUCGAUCUGGAAAGUGAUAGCACUGCGGAAGACACAGCGCUUGAUACCCCCAACGAUGGAGAGGAGGAGGAAGAGGAGGAAGAGGAAGAUGCGCCGACCACCGUCGAGGUGCAGGAGGAGCAGCGGCCAGUGAAGCAGUCCCUGGGGGCGUGUGUUUGUCGGGAGUCCCACUGGCGCUGCCUGCUGCUCUCCCUUCUCAUGUACAGUUGCCUGGGUGCUGUCACCUGGUGCCAGCUCACCAGCGUCACCAAGCUCAGCUUCGACACCUCCCUCACCUCCCUCCGGGGCUCGCCCGGGGACGGGGGGGGGCGCUCCAUGAUCUACCACGACAGCCCCUGCUCCGACGGCUACCUCUACAUCCCCCUUGCCUUCCUUCUCAUGCUGUAUGUGGUCUACCUGGUGGAGUGUUGGCACUGUCGCGCUCACAGCCAGCUGCAGGUCAAAGCUGAUGUGGACAGCGUGUACGAGCGUGUGCUGCGGAUGCGACAGGCCCGGCCCUGCGUGUGGUGGAAGGCCAUAAGUUAUCACUUUGUCCGGCGGACGCGCCAGGUGACCCGUUACCGUAAUGGGGACGCCUACACCAGCACGCAGGUGUACCACGAGCGCGUCAACACGCACGUGGCCGAGGGGGAGUUCGAUUACGCCCGCUGCGGGAUGCAGGAUGUGUCGCGGGAGCUGCGGGGGCUGGAGGGCCACCCGGCCACGCGGUUACGCUUCACCAAGUGCUUCAGCUUUGCUGGGCCGGGGCCGGAGAACGCCUACCUUAACCAGCGGGCGAGGUUCUUCUCCGAGAUAGAGGGUAUGGAUGACUACAUGGAGGCCCGGGAGGGGAUGCAGCUGAAGAAUGUGGACUUUAAGGAGCAUCUGAUCACCUACGUGGAUCCUGACCACCUGCCCUGGUACACCUCCCGAGUGGCCUUCUGGCUGGCUGCUCUGCUCAUGCUGUCUUGGCCUCUGAGGGUUCUGAUGGAGUACCGUACGGCGUACGUCCACUACCAUGUGGAGAAGCUGUUUGGGCUUGAGUACAGCCACAGCAGCCCCUCUCCCACAGACGAAGAAGUUCCCGUGAGGAACGGGGAUUGUGCUGGACUCCCGAGGGUGGACACACUGGACAGCACAGAGCUGGAGUGGCACAUCCGCUCCAACCGCCAGCUGAUCCCCAGUUACUCUGAAGCCAUGCUUCUGAACCUGGACCUGGGGGGCUCUGGUUCUAGAACAGCCAUCACUGCUGACGACAACACCACGUCCUCCAACUGCUUCCUGUUGAACGGCAGCCCGAGAGCACAAAGCUACGGGACACUGGUCCAGGACUGCGAGCACUGUAGUCAGCUGCAAGCCAGAGGAGGAGGAGGAAGAGCAGGAGGAAGGAGACGGACCACCACUAGCUCCAGCUGUUCCUCCAUCUUCUCCCGCAAUGCAUUCCACUCACGCCUCUCCCUGGACACCUCCCGGUUCUCUCUGUGCCGUAUGUACGGCUCUCGCCGAACCGUAGGGCUCUGGCGAAGCCGCAGCAGCAACCUGACGGACCGGGGGGCAACCGGGAACGGCUGUUCCUACUCCAGUCAGCUGGCCCUCACCGACAGCCCUCCCACCUACCGGGACGCCCGCUUCUUCCCGGUGCUGCUAGUACACAGGCCGGAGAGCUGCGGCGGGUCCGAUGGCACGGAUGUACGCCGCUACUUUGUCCGGAGAGCGUCCUACUGCCUUGAGACUUCACUUUGA